AUGGGAUUUUAUCCUUCGAAACCGAAAAUGGAGAAAAGUCCGACCGUCGAAGGAAAUGGUACAAGCCAGAAAGAAACAAAAACUGUCGAAUUUAACGAAAACGACAAAACAGACGAUGCCGAUAACGAAAACGAGUUACCUGAUAACGUUAUUCACGAUAAGGGCCUCAGUUAUCAAAGACAUGACAUAGUAAAUAAGAGAAGUAAAAAAUUAAUUCGCCUUAAGGAUGGAAUGCCAGAGCAUCCCUUGAUACAAGGUCGAUAUAUAUUUGUUAAAGAUCAUUACGAUGGCAUCGAUAUUUUAGGAACGCAAAAAAAAAUUGAAGCGCCUAAUUUUCGGCAAGCUGGUUCCAAUUACAACGUGUACGGAUUUGGCCAACCGACUUGCGAGGGCUUAGAAAAUAUUUUGUAUCAGUUGGUAAAAUCGGGGAAAAAGGACAUUAUAGUAUUGAAUACCAAGCAAGAGCCAGUAUUGUUCGUAUAUGAUGACAUGGAUUUUCGGCCGUACAGUAUCAGAAAACCAGAAGACCUAGACUCAACCACCAUUGAUUAUAAUCUAAAAAGCGGUGAAGAACUGGAAUGUUUAGAAACAGAAAUUAAGGAAGAGGUGAUUGACUAUGCUACGAAAGGAGCGCUCUUCGUAUCAUCUGCGACAGAAAAUCAGUAUAAAUUUUACUUUUACAAUGAUACGAGUAAUUUAGAUGCAGAGCCGCAUCAAUAUCGGGCCGCCUAUGUCGAUGACUUGUGCACUACACAGGAGAUUUAUUGGCGGCAAAUAUUUUAUUUAACGUCUAUGAAGUAUUUUCGUCUUCCAAUACCGGAGGAUUACUUCCCCGAAGAAAAGACGAUUGACUCCUUCAUUAAUAUAUUUAAGAAUGUUUCCCGUUGGAGCCAACGAGGUGGUCACAGCCCGAGCCUUCUCUUCAGUUGUCUUGACGGGAGAGUUAGAACUACAACUGCAAUGGUCCUUGGUUGCCUUAUGUUGGGUCAUAAGCAUGGAUUCCCUUCUGAAGCUAUGAAGGACCCUGUUCCAGUCGUCGAUAAUGCACCAGAUUAUGAAAAUGGAGAAUACUCAAUUAUAAGGCAAUUAAUGCAGAUUAUGCCGAACGGACUGAAAAGAAAGCAGGAGAAUAUUUCGGCAAAAAAGUACUGGCUCUUGAAAGGACGAAAUUAUUUAGAGAAAUACUACUUGUUAAUAGUUUUUAAUUGCUACCUUGAGGAACAGUUCCCUCAGAAUUUUCCUGUUGCUUAUUCUGAUUGGAUAAAUAUUAACUCCCAAUACUAUCGGGUAUUGAGCCAUAUUGAUGGUAUUGAACGCCACGAGAUGCCUACGAUACUAAUUCCUGAACGACGGGUUAUGGUCGAAGAUGAUUGCACUUCCUAUGAUGUACUUAGUUCUUACGUUGAGCUUGGAGUUUCAAAUUUCAGAAAUUUACAAGGACUUCCAGUUUAUGGUAUGGCACAACCAACUAAGGAGGGAUUAGCGCGGGUAGUUGCUAUGUUGUUAGACAGAAGACAUGAUCAUCCCAAGAUUAUUGCCUUUAAUCUAAGGGAAGAUUUAGUUAUACAAGCUGAUCAAUCAACUUAUUCUGUCAGAGAGGUGGGCAAUUUGAAUCAAUUGUUGCUUAUGAAUGGGAUGAGUGCUAAUACAAUAGAGAAAAUGGAAUUCAAGCUAAAACAAGAAUUACUGAGCAAAAGUAAACAUACCAUCUAUGAAAGUCCAGGCAAUGGACCUAAAAAAGUAGGGUUAACAGAAAUUUUGACAUCCAGGGAAAUUUUUGAGCAACAAAUUAGAGAAACACCACAGCUCCUUUAUUAUAGAAUGCCAAUUAAGGAUGAACAAUCGCCUCCAGAAGAGACGUUUGACUACCUGAUGUCAAUUGUCAAAGAUCUACCAGAAAUUUAUCAAGAUGAAGAUGGUCCUGCUUUCAUUUUCCACUGCUUAGAUGGAAAAAGUCGUACAACGAUCUGUAUGGCAAUUGUUGGUUUAAUUUGGUGUAAUAAAAGGGGCUUUCCGACAGGCACAAGACCAGGAGAGCAAGAACCUGCAUGUGUACCUAAUGCUAAAUACACAUGUGGAGAAUUUGCGGUUGUUAGAAAAUUAGUCAGAAUUUUACCAAAUGGACACCAAAUGAAGAGAGAAGUAGAUUACAUAUUAGAUAAAAUGUCGGAAACAAUGACACCCAUGCAUUAUCAUAUCAGAGAAGUCAUUUUUUCAUACUACAAUAAGGUGCGAUGGAUGGUUGAAGUUGCUGCUCCUGCUGGUGUCGCUAGGAUUUUGAAUAACCUGUAUUUUGCUGACUUUGAGGAACCAUAUGAAGAAGAUAAGCUUCGGAUGCAAAGAUGGCGCUGGAGGAAUCUUUUACCAGAUAAUAACAGUCAAAUAGAAGAUUUAUUAUAG